AAUUCUUCGAGUUUUCUCCUCUGCUGCUGCGUCUCGGUUCCAACCACCGCGUCUUCGUUUCGCCCUUCUCUUCUUCCUCGUGUGCUGGUCCUGCUGGACAUGGCGACCAGGAACCGGACGCCGAUCUACCGGAAGUACCGCGACGCCCUCCGAAACGUCCGAACCCCUUCCCCCACGUCGCUCUCCGGCCCGUCGACCUCUUCCUCCUACGUCGGCGGAGGCGGCGGGCCCGUGAUCGAGCUAGUCAGCGCCUCGCUUCUCCGCCCGGAUCGAUCCUACGCUCCUCUUAGCACCGAAGACCCUAGCGGUUACAGUACAGGUGCAGCUAUGAUUGGUUUACCUCCAGCUUGGGUGGAUUGUUCUGAAGAAAUAGCUGCAAAUAUGCAGCGUGCUCGGACAAAAAUGGCAGAGUUAGCCAAGGCCCAUGCAAAAGCUUUGAUGCCUUCUUUUGGAGAUGGGAAGGAGGAUCAACAUGCCAUUGAACUCCUAAGUCAUGAAAUAACAGAUUUGUUGAAGAAAUCUGAGAAGAGACUACAAAAACUUUCCUCAGGUGAUCCUUCUGAAGAUUCAAAUGUUCGGAAAAAUGUUCAGCGUUCUCUUGCAACUGACCUCCAAAACCUCUCAAUGGAGUUUAGAAAGAAACAGUCAUCUUAUUUAAAACAUCUUCGGCAGCAACAGGAGGGACAAGAUGGUGUUGAUUUGGAGAUGAAUCGCAAUGGAAUUAGACACAAGUUAGAAGAAGAUGAUUUUGAUGAUGUGGGUUUUAGUGAUGUUCGAAUAUCUACACUGAAGAAAAGUGAGGCAUUCACAAGAGAGAGGGAAAGGGAGAUUGUACAGGUUGUAGAAUCAGUGAAUGAACUUGCUCAGAUUAUGAAAGAUCUCUCGGUCCUUGUGAUAGAUCAGGGAACCAUAGUUGACCGGAUUGAUUAUAAUGUACAGAAUGUUGCAAGUUCAGUGGAAGAGGGCUUUAAACAGUUAGAGAAGGCUGAGAGAACGCAGAAAAAAGGUGGCAUGGUCAUGUGUGCCACUGUGCUUAUUAUAUUGUGCCUCAUCAUGCUUGUCCUCUUGAUCCUGAAAACCAUAUUCUUCUGAUUCACUGUAACUGAGACGGAGUCCAGUCAGCGUUUCUUGUGAAUAUUCAGCACCGGUUUCAACAGAUGUCAAAGUGUAUUCCAUUCAACUGGUUUGUGUAGCGAGAACAUAUCAUGAAGUGAAUUAUUCAUGCUGGGUGCAGGAUUAGUCCAAAUUUGAGAACAUAGUUAUCCUAGAGAUAUCUCCUCGGAUAAUAUAUGGUGAGAAGUUUCAGGUCGGUGCUACUUUUUUGAGAUGUUGUAAAUGAAGGCUCUGUAAAGAUCAUUCAAACAAUGUUUCCAAUUCACAAUAUUUUUUUCUUGGGGACA